CGCAGCGCUACUUCCGUUCUCCCAUCUACCAGCAGCCGAAAACAACCAAAGGAUACUUCCAUCCGGCGAACAAACAACAGAAGAACACAAUGACGACCAGCGAUGAGAUGGGCAUGGGAGGCAACUUUUGCCAUGACCAUAUCCAACAUCCGCUGAUGUGGUGCGACGAGAAGAAGCGUCUCGUGGAGCGAAAGAAUGCCGAAGAAAGUCUUCGGAUGUGGCGUCGACGCAAGGCAGAGGAAUGUGCUCGCAAGGAGAAGGAUAAACAGGAGUAUUACGACCUGUUUGUUCAGCAUUGUCCUUGGGGUCGACCCGGGGGUGGAGCACCCAACGUAGAGGUGCGCCGCAAGGACAUCACAGCCGUUGGCCUUCACUCCACACCCACUGUGACCACCGCCCACCGGAUGAACUCCCUGCAGCCAUGCCGCUACAACGACUUCUUCUCGAUGAAGAACAAAUGCCACAACAAUCCACUUGCAGCGUAUCACCACCACCACCACCAUGCCCCGCCUCCCCCGCCGGGCGGACGCCUGCCACAUGCCCACUCCGUGCAUCACCUGCAGGAGAGCGGACCUAGGAGCAGCACAGUGACGAUUUGCGAGCGGGAGAUCCCCCACAAGCCCGGAGCCGGAGUGGGCGUGGGCCUGGCCAAGAACGCCAACGGCCACGUGGACAUCGAGCUGCGCUACAAGCCCUCGCCCCCCUGCAAGGGCAAGCCGCUUCUGGACAAGAUCGUGGUCAGCGAGAGCGAGCAGAGGAGCUGUCCGCUCCAAGAAAAGCUGGCCACACAGAAAAAGCGGCUACAGGCCAAGCUGGAAAAGCCGCCCUGCAAGGAACCCUGGGGAAAGGCGGGUCCUGGAGGCAAACCUUGGCGCAGUCCCAAGGAAGUGGGUCAUACGUUUAUGAAAUCGCUGGGAUGGACAAAUAAGGAAAUGCUUAAGGAGCUGGAUCAAGACAAUCCCGUAACUCCGGCGGAGAAAAACACCUUCCGUAAGUCUCGAGCCUGCAAAGCUUCAAAGCCCCAGAGGUGCUGCGAUAUGUGCACCUGCAACUGCCCCGCCAUGAAUGGCAGCCCGGGAAAAGGACCCCCACCUCCGAUACCGCCCGGGAAGAAGUGCCUUCCUCCGCCCGCCCCACCCAAGAUUCUGCACCACCUGAAGCCGCAGGACUGCAAGCCUAUUAAGAUCUGUCCGCGAAUGGGACGCGGACACUGUCCGGGCAGCACCACUACGGCCACGCCGGAUGUCAGUACCCCCGGAAACGGUGGCGGGCCGGGUGGCGAGGGCGGCGGCGUGGAGCUGGUGCCGCUGCUGGCUCGGAGGCGCGGCAUGCACCGACCCAUCAGCCUCUCCAGCACGGAUGUGACCAAGAGGACGCCCUCGCACGAUAGGUACGCAUCCAAGCACAAGCAAAAGAACUGCCAGCAGGCCAAAAUCAAGUGCAUCAACAGCAUCAUCAAGAACAUCAGCCACAUGAAGCGGCUGCCCAAGAAUCUGAACUGCAAGCUGCAGUGUUGCAGUUGCGAUUGCCCCACGGCCAUCUCCACGGGCUGCUGCCUCAAGCGGCUCACUCUGCACAUUCGCCAGGCUUAGACUCUCAAACCAUUCAACCCCUACCCCCAUUUAUUUGCAAUUCCCUAUGUCCCAGUCGCCUCCAAUCCAGUCCGUUUCUCAUUUGCUUGCUCUGCGCCAUAAGAAAAGUUAAGAAAACCAAACCAAUCCGCUUUCCAUUCUCCCCAGUCCCAUGAUUUGUGUCUAUCAUUUUGCCUUGUUAAUUGUUUCUCUACCCCCACUUCUUCUCGGCUCAUUCAGCAAGAAAAUAUCCAUUGUAAUACAAGUGAAAGUAUAGCAACCAAAAGAGCAAACCAAACCAAUAUCAAUACCAAUCUCACCAAAAAACCAAAAAACUGAAACUAAAAAAAAACCAAAAUCAUAAUACCAAUCUUCUAUGUAUCCCCGUGCAAAACGAACUGAACUGAACCGAAAAAAAAUUGCUAUCAAUUUCGACAAAAAAAAAAACCGUCAAAACCCAAUCGAAAAUCGAAAAAAUGCAUUAAUGAAAAAAUAACAAACUUUGCUGGCCACCAACCAACAAUCAUUACCAUCAACGACAUCCACGAACAGGAUCCAAAC